AUGAUGAACCGAACAUCGGCGCCUCCUAGAGGUCCGCGAAAUUCGUCUUCAAGCGCAAGAGGUGGUGGUCGCGUGGGUGGUGGGGGUAUUUCAAAACGACGAGCGGGUCCUAUUCGAGCCGAUAAAGAUGGAGAUUUGGAUAUGGAUACUACCACGGCCGCAAGUGGUCGCAAGAGUGGAAAGGGAGCCAUUGGAGGUUCUCUUCCAUCUGGACCGCGCGGGCAUGGUCGGGGAGGCGCAAGAAACACUAGUCGUGGUGGAGGAAGACUCGACCUCACACGAAACCCACAGGCCAUUCUCCGCGGCAUGGGAUCGCAAUCGCAACAAGCCAAUGUAUUGGUCACUCUUUGGAUCAAAGGACUGAAGGGAAGUAAAGCAGCUUUGAAUGAUGAUCAAGGUCUUUCAUCAUUAGUGUCAUUUAUCGAGCGCAAGGCUACGACUUUGGAAUCCAGGUCGAAGAGAUGUGUGAGAGUCAAAAAGUCACAUAAGAAAGGUGACAUCGUUGUUAUCUCAGUUACCCCGGAAGAUGCGGCCACCAUCAUGAAGUUGGAUGGUUUUGCGUUUGCUGGAUCAACUAUUGGAGUCCAAGACAGCGAGCCAUCGAAGAUGUCAGAGCCGAAGGAAGAGUCUGAGGAGGCUCGGUCAACUCGUGAGAAGAUUCAGGCGGUUCUCGCAGCUCGAUACGAUACCAACCUCAAGCUUUUAAACCUCUCGGCCUUGGGACAAGACGAGCAGUUGAGACAGAUGGGGAUCUUUCAAGACGACACUCUUGUCGCCAAGCUUUUCCCAGUUUUGAUGGUUAUUUGUAACAAAUUGUUCACCACCAAACAAGCUAAGAAAGACGCCAUAGUCAGUAUUACUUUGACCGACAACUACCUAACCGAUCUCUCCAAUGUCACUUCAUUGGCUUCAACAUUUCCUGAUUUGAAGAAUCUCGAUCUCUCCAGGAAUCAGUUCGAUAGUUUGGAAUCCCUAAAAUUAUGGCGAUGGAAGUUCCGACACCUCGAAAACCUCGUCUUGUCAGGCAACCCUAUAGAAACGCUCGUUCCAGAUUACACAACUGAGAUUGUAAGAUGGUAUCCAGAGCUUCAACAAUUGAGUGGCGUCCAAGUCAGAAGUGUCGCUCAAGUUGUUGCAGAUCUCGAAGCUAUCAAAACACCAUUCCCAAUUGCUAGCCCAUCUUUCCGAGAUGUCGGACAAGUUGCUGAAAACUUUGUCAAACAUUUCUUCGGGGCUUACGAUAAAGAUCGCAACACCUUACUUAGCAAUUUCUACGAUACUAGAUCCGCGUUCUCGCUCAUGGUCAAUAUGUCAGCAGUACGAGAUCGUGAUCACUCAAUGCCUGUCCCACCAUGGGCGGCAUACAACAAAUCUAAUCGAAAUUUUGUCAAAUACACACACUUAUCUACUAGAAUAUCUCGGCAAUCUACUGGUAUUGAGGAAAUACAACAAAUGUGGAGCGAUUUACCUAAAACAUUACACCCCGAAAUCGCUACACGACCGGACCUAUACCUUGUCGAAUGUCACCCUAUUCCAGGUCUUCCUGAUCUUUCUGGACAGAGCGCUGCUGGGGUUGACGGUCUCCUCAUUGACGUACAUGGCGAAUUUGAGGAGGAUGUUGCCAAUUUUGAAGGAAAAGCUCUUCGAAGCUUUUCACGAUACUUCAUUCUUGGUCCCGGAGGACCCAAUGGGCCCGCUAUCAGAGUUAUUAGUGAUAUGCUUUGCCUUAGAGCUUGGGGUCCUUUGCCUCAAAUUGCAGAAGUGUUUGUGCCUCCAAAAGUUCCAAUUGUUGCGCCGCCUUUUAACACUCUGCCCACUGGCGAGGAACUGAACAAAAUACGUGCCGAAAAACUUUCAGCUGAGACUGGCAUGAAUUUACAAUAUUCGGCUUUGUGCUUGGAGGAGACGGGAUGGGAUUUAGAUAAAGCCUUUGCUGCUUUCCAAGCCAACAUGGCAAAUUUACCGGCGGAGGCAUUUCAAAAGCCAUGA